UCCGGGGCAUUGGUUUGGGAAAAAAACAAAAGAAACAACCAGUAUUAAAUUAGACAUACACCACGUUCGUUGUUUCUCAACCUGUGAUCCUCCUUGGUAUGGUUGGAUUCUAUUUUAAUGAGCCUAUCUUAUCAGUGGGCCUCUUUGUUGUCAAGAAAAACCUCAAAGGGAGCGUGAUUGAUGCAAUGGAGCCAGAGCCCACCCAGAGGAGGGCUGUAUUCUGGGGGGGAUUUGUAGGUCAUAUAAAACUUCUGCUGAGAGUGGACUUUUAUUUGGAAACCCUGCAAAGAACUGACUUGUCUAAAAAAAGGGGAGGAAAAAGCUGUUAUGGCUUCUUUAGGGUUGCAGAUUCUGGGUGUUGGGCUGGCUGUGCUUGGAUGGAUUGGAAACAUACUGAUCUGCAUGCUGCCCUUGUGGAAGGUAUCUGCUUUCAUUGGAAAUAACAUUGUUGUGGCUCAAACCAUCUGGGAAGGACUCUGGAUGAGCUGUGUGGUGCAAAGCACCGGCCAGAUGCAGUGCAAGGUCUACGAUUCCCUGUUGGCCCUGCCUCCAGACCUCCAGGCAGCUCGAGCCAUGAUCGUCAUCUCCAUCCUGUUUUCUUUGUUUGGCCUGCUGCUUUCUGUGGUUGGAGGUAAAUGCACCACCUGUGUUGGGGACAAAAUGGCAAAAGCCAGAGUUGCCAUCUCUGCUGGCUUUUUCUUCAUCCUGAGUGGGGCUCUGUGUCUUGUGACUGUAUCACUGCCUGCUAAUACCAUCAUAAAGGACUUUUACAACCCCAUGGUUCCAGAUGCUCAGAGGAGAGAGCUGGGUGCCUGUUUGUACGUGGGCUGGGGCGCGGCAGGGUUACUACUGAUUGGUGGUUCACUUCUCUGUUGUCAGUGCCCAUCAGGAGACGACCGCUACAGUGGCCCAAAGUACUCCCCACCUAAAUCAACAACACCUGGAAAGGAAUUUGUCUAAGAUUACAUUGCAUUACAUGAGAAGUGGAUGAGCGUGACCUCUUUUACAAAGAGUACAAACCUGUUUCUUAUCAGUGUAUGCACAGUGCAUGUGUGACUAACACUAUGGUCUUUUGUCUGUCAAAGAUAUGAGAUGUCAAAGUGUGUGUGAUGUUAGAUUACUGCAGGAUUGGUGUGCUGUUUUGUUUUGUUUUUUCUAACUCCUACUUUAAAGUUCUUUAAGUGAUUUUAACCAAUAAACUGUUUAUUGCCACAUGUAA